AUGCCCUCGACAGCAGAGCUAACUUUCCCAGUGUCCGGUUCUUUGGCAGACAAGAUCCGCGCCGUGCACAAUCUCCAACCCUCGGAUGUGCCCGUUUCUGAAGACGAUGCGUCUAUUCCACCGACGAAUGGAGCCACCGCUCCCCGCUCCGGCUCCCCGCAACACAACGGCAACGGUCAUGUAAAGGAGGGCAACUCGCUCGCCGACUUGUUGGCAAAAGGCAAGCUGCCUUCUCUUCCUCGCAAGACAGCUGGUAAUCGCUGGAACGAUGAAUCGCCUCGAGCAUCCCCCGCGCCACUUGGGGUCAACGGCCCUGGUCUGGGGGAACCCACGUCGACCGCUCGCAUCGAACUGCCGGCUAUCGACAAACAACAGGCCGCCAAAGCAAUCGCCGAGAUAAAAAAGCUAGGUGUUUCUGUUGAAAUGUCAAAAGGAUCGACUAAUGUCACCACUGUCCUCCUGAAGGGCCCGACCUCAGCGGUAGACCGAGCCCGUCAGAUCGUCGAGCGCCAGCUUGCCCCACGGAUCACCGUUCGAUUCGGCAUCCCAGCAUCCACUAGGUCUGCUGUUAUUGGCACCCGUGGCUCAAAUUUGAAAAGUAUCAUUAGCACGACCGGUACUAAAAUCAAUAUCGACAACACUCCUCGGCCUCGGGUUGGCUGGGCCCUACCAUUGGUCGGCGUCGAAAUUGUUGGCUCGGCCAAGGCAGCCGCUGAGGCAAAAAAGAUGAUCAUCGAUUCAAUCAAUAAUAGCACCGUUCAGGAUGUGCGUGAACUUCCAGAAAGCCUGCGCUUGUUCGCCCAUAAGUUCACUGCUGACAAGGGAUACCCCGGAGUCGCAGACUCGGAUGGUAACGUUCUGCGCUUGUCAGCAAAGUUCUCUGAGUUGCAGGCAGCCCAAGAGGAAAUUGAUAACUAUAUUGCUGGUUGCGUGGCUACUUAUGCCUCCAAAGAGCUCGAGCAGCUGGCCGGACCGUCCGUCCCUGCCGACGUUUUGUUUGAUUCUCAUAAUGUUGUUAUCGCUGAUAAUAGCAUUUACGGGCCCGCAGACAAACUCGAGGCUGCUGCUGAGGCUCUUACAGCCUAUCUGGCCGCUAUCGAACAACUGCAGUUAGAUAUCUCAAAGGCCCACAGUCGAAAUGCAGAGCAUGCGGCACGUCUUGUGGAGUACCUCGAGCUCAGAGGCGCGAUCGAGGAACUGCAAAACGCUUAUAAUGUUUCCAUCAGCCGGCCCUCGAAUGGAUUAGUUUACAAUAUUUCUGGUCGCGAUAAAGAUUCGCUGCAAGAUGUCAAGCGUAAGCUUGUUCAAAUGGUGAAUCAGCAGGUCCCUGCCUCGCUGGUGUGUUACGAUGGAAUUGAGUCUGAAUUCGGUCAGACUCAAGCGAAAAGAAGCGCCGAGUCGUUGAGAUCCCGCAAGCACCCAGCUGUGGCCUAUGUUGGUUCGGAUGGACGGGUCUACGUCGCUUAUGACUUUGAGGCUUCCGAAGACGCAGAUUUCGGCCCUACAAAUGAAGAGAUCAUAGAGGCACUGGCCACAGCUGCCGAGCCGUUUGGUACUAUCGCCUCUAGAGAAGCUAAUAUGGUAAAGAAACAGACACCAAUGAGCAAAUCCGACUACAAGCACAUUCAGUCCCCAUCGGGCGCGGCCAAAAAGCGACUUUCGUCUCUUGUAGAACAGGGCGGUAUCCGGAAAGUUGGUGUUUCUCUUGCCCCCUCAGGUGACGCAGUGUUUGUAACUGGUGCGCCGGAGGAUGUUGAAGUUUUGUUGAAGGAACUUCCUUCUAUCGUUGAAGAGUCCAAGAAUGAGUUUGAACUUCUGAACUUCACGAAGCAAAUCGAAUUCGACCCGAGCUUCAUAAAAAAUUUGGUGGGUCGUAAUGGUGCCAAGAUCUCCAAGAUCCGUGAGACUUACAACUGUAAAAUCGAGGCUUCUUCUGAUGGAACUGUCAUUGUGCGAGGCCGUGAGAAUAACGUUCUUGACGCUGUCAAGUACAUCAAGAGCUUGGAGAAAGAGCUCAAGGAUUACAAGGUUGAGGAGCUCACUGUACCCCGGAAAUAUCACGCGAUCCUGAUUGGUUCAAAAGGGCGGUUUGUUCGUCGUAUGCAGGAUAAAUACAACGUUCAUGUCAAGUUCCCUGCUCGGUAUGAUACUCCCUUGAGUGGGAGUGACGACGGCAGCGUGUCUAACGAAAGCCAGUCAACAGAUACGAUUGUGCUUAGUGGUCCAUCCAAAGGGGUUGCUGCGACCAAAAAAGAGUUCGAAGAGCUGCUGGCCUACGAAAAGAGUCACUCUUACGUCCAAGAGGUUGAUAUUCCUAGCGAGCAUAUCCCCCAUAUCAUUGGUCGCCAUGGAGCUUUCAUUAGUGAGCUCUGCGCUAGCGGGGAUCUCACAAUUGAUGUCAAGCGUACGGACGAAAAGUCACUACUUGUUAUCCGAGGUGCGGAGAAGUCAGUAAAGGCUGCCAUUGCGCAAAUCAAUGCGGAAAUUGCCCGGCUCAAAGACACCGUGCACAAGACCGUUACGGUUGAACAGAAGUAUCACCGUUACCUCACUGGACAAGGUAAUUCAAUCCGAAAUCAAAUUGUUGUGGAUGCUGGUGGCGACCUGGAUGCUGCAGCUCGCAUUUUAUACAUUCCGAGCAGCUCGUCGGGGUCGAAUCAAGUUCGAAUUUCAGGCCCAUCGAAGGUUGUUGAGGCUAUUGAAGCGAAGAUCAAUGAAAUCGUGGAAGACCGUAAAAACCGCAAGAAGUUUAAGGGAACUGUUAAUGUACCAACAAACCAGCUUCGGUUUGUUAUUGGUCCUGGUGGCUCUACCAAGCGAUCCAUUGAAAAUGAGCUGGGCGUGGUCGUGGAUAUCCCUAAUACCAAGGCACCGCAAACAACUAUUUCAGUAAGUGGUAGAAGUGAGAAGGACAUCGAGGCAGCCAAGCAGCAAAUUCUAAGUCUUGUUGAUCUCGGCCAGAUUGAAAUGCUCAUUCCUGCCUACCUCGAGAAUGACGUUUUCAACCGGGGUGCGUUGGCUCAGCAGCUCGAGUCCAAGUACGGUGUAAAGCUCUCAACCCCCAAACGUCCAGGAAAUCCCCGGGCUGCUCCCAAGCCUCCCUCGGAGGAAGUUCAGAACGCUCGUGCCACCGAACCAGGCACGGUGUACUUCAAAGCAACACCGUUCGAGAACGAGCCUUCGGAUAAAACAGUCAAGUGGGUUCUCCUAGGUAAAGAUGAGGAAGCAUGUGAGGAGGCCAAAAAGGAGGUCCAGAAGCUGGUCGACACUCACACCAAGCACGAUACCACCGGUUACCUGUGGUUACCGAGCUCUUCGUCUUAUUCCAAGAUCAUUGGCCCUGGUGGUUCUUUGAUCAACGAUGUCCGCAGUAAGUCGGGCUGCCAGAUUGUCGUGCCCAAGCAGGGCCGCUCGGCCAGCGAGCCUGUGUCGAUCCGAGGUAGUAAGGAAGAUGUUGAGCGUGCCCGGCAACUACUCCUCAGCCUGGCCGAACUGGAUCUAGACUAA